GAAACACGGCCUCUGGACUGCGACGGGUUUCAAACGAGACUUGCUUGCCUCAGUCAGCGCUUGUCUGCAGGAGGACACGCGAAUCAGGCCGCCGUCCGAGCCACAUCCUGUGGAGAACACCCUCUUGUUCCUACCGGAGUAUGCUGUGGGAGAGCUCUUGCUCGAACCCAACAUGUCCGACAAGGGAGACACCAGGAAAGAGCUCUGGUUCGGCCGGGUCUGGGAACUUCGGGAGCUCCUCCGCGUGCAGCACGACGAGUACCUAGCGAGGGUGAAUCGCGGCAAGCCAGAACCUGGAUUGACCGCUGCAGACGUGCAGGCCCUGGAUGCCAUGCUCAAGGAUCCCAAGAAGAAGAGCCUUCUGACAAAGCUUUGUGCCCGGUGGAAAGGCACGGCAGUGAGAAGAAGGAACAGUCUGCGAGUGCUGAAUCGACUGAAGUAUUCCUAUCUGAGAGGCACCGUCAUAUAUGCCCAUGGCUCCGGCGGCUGCAGCUGGGAUAACUUCCGGAUUUGCCGGAUGAUGGCUCGGAUGGGCAUGCUGGUCAUCGCCCCGGACGGCUUUGCCUAUCCAAAGAACACGGACUUGGGCAAGAUGAGACACAAGGACGUGCAGCCGCUGAAGCGAGCGACGGACGAAGUGGAUUAUUGGGCAGAUGAUUUGGUCUAUUCCUCGGGUGCGGAUGGUUCGCACACGUACUCCACCAAAGCCGAUUCCGUUCUGGACAACCCAGACAAGUUUCGAGAUCUUUACGAACGAUGCUAUCAGAUGCGACGGCGAGAGCUUCAUUGGACGAUUGAGAAGCUUCCCAGGUGGAUUCGGACACAAGGCUUCUUCAUAGGUGGCACAUCGGAAGGGGCCAUGACGGUGUCACGGUUUGAUGACGGAAGGUAUGGGCACCAGGUGCUGGGCCGCUUCAUCAACUCCUUCAGCAUAGAGUAUUGUUACUUUACGCCCAAACAGGAGGAUGCACAAAUUGGAGGCAACAAAGACGUUCCUACCUUGAACAUCAUCGGCACGAAAGAUGAAUACUUUGGAGGAGCCGACAGUGUUGCUGCCCUUGUCCAAGCUGACAAAGAGCGCGGCUUCGGGGAUGUCAAGCUAGACGGGCAUGGUUUCGACAUGAUGAUGGAGCAGGAACUGGGCACUGGUCUUGUAUGCUACAUGGAAGGAGGCAAGCAUGGACCUUGCCCCAGCCACGACAACUUCCUGAGACGCCUCUUCCAGACGUUCUUUACCCGCCCGCGGGACAUUUGGCGAAUCGCCGACAUCUGGGCGAAUGAUGAGCGCACCAUGGGCUGGCUGGAGGUCAAGAAGCAGCGCACGCGCGGUCAGAAGCUGACACUGGUCCAGGUGCCAGUGAUGGACCAUUCGAAGUUGACCCUGGAGGAGCUGGACAAGUUGCACAGUGCCAAGUGGCUUGGCUGUUGGUCUUCCGCUCUCCUCAACAGUGUCCAGCGGAGUUGCCCGUCUGCCUAUGGGAACUCGUCUAUCAACACGGCUCGAUGCUUUGUCAAACUGAAGUUCAAAGAUGGGCGCAGCUCGGUCCAUCAGAUGACGUCCUUCGGUGUUGAUAUGGGCGAAGCUGCCUUGGACCUGCUCCAGAGUUUGGAGGAGGAUCUACAGAUAGAGAUCAUCGAGCAGUUCGACAUCCAGGGGUGCCCUGGCUCAAGCCCUGGAGAUUUUAUUCUUCGGCAGCCCACGUCCACAGCCAUGUCUGUGCCGGCCACCGCCGAUCAGGAGUUGGAGCACAAAGAGAUCACGAAAGCCGCCUCAUCCCUCUCCCAGUGUACCACGCUGGCUGGAGAUUCCAGCCCAGGAGAGCUGAGUCCGGAGAUAUUGACCAUCAAACCCGAUGUCGAGAAUGCCUUGGAGCAGCCUGAUUGCCAUGCAAUCAGCAUUUGGACCCGCAAGUCCAUUGGUGUCGUGAUUGGCGGUUUCCUUCUGGCGUUCCUCACUGCAAUUUGUUCGGCUGUUACAUACGGGUUCUUCCUCGGCUACAUGGGGCUGGAUUCGUAUGUAAUGUCUUCCAUUACGCAGCUGAUGAAGCUCCCGCAAGUAUUACUUCUCCCGUUCGGAUUUCUCACGGACUGUUGCCCGAUUCGGGGCAACCACAGGAAGCCCUACUUCCUCUUGUCCUGGUGCCUUGCCGGUUGUGCUCUUCUUGCCAUGAGUUUGCGGCCCCUACCUGCUCCAUUCUACUGCCAGAACGAGGAUGGCAGCUACAACUUUCUUGUCCCUCCAUGCAACCCGAACAUCCAUACCGAGAAGAACUGGUACGUUUUCUGGAUGUUCAUCCUGACAGCAGGCAUCCAGCUGGGCAUCACAGCCGGUGAGGGUCUCCUGCUUGAGUACUCGCAGCGUGAGCCGGCUGAACGUCGAGGGCAAAUCAAGGCGGAGAUGACGAUGGUGUCCACAGGUGGGGCAUUGGCGGCCUCCGUGGUCGUUGGAGUGUUCAUGAACAGCAAGGCCUACCUGGGGACGUUCGACUGGGGGCUCUCCUUCAGCGGUCUCAUGGCCCUUUGCUUCGUUCUGGUUGUCUUCAUGAUCCCGCUCUCUGUCUGUUGUGUGCUCGAGCUCCCGAAGCCCAGGCAGCGUGUGGACCGAAUCUCCUGCGCUGCCCAUGUAAAGUCUUCGUGGGAGCUCGUCCAGAAGAACACGUUCUCGAACCUACUUUUCUUUGCAUUUUUGGUACAGCUGCUUUUUUCGAUAACAACCACCGCCGGGCCAAUGGUGAAGAGCCGAUGGGCCGAGGUCAAAGUCCUACAGCAGCAAACGUUUGGCAUUGUUGGGCUGGCCUUCAUGAUGCUGGCGACCUGGAUCUACAAGGUUUGCCUGCUCCAGACCAGUUGGCGAAAGGCCAUUUUCGUCGCAAUCGUUACCAUCAACGUCUUCGAUGCAAUCCCGACAUUCCUCACCAUCUUCGGUGUCGUCCGCAACCAGUACUUCUACCUCGGCGAAGACAUCCUUGGCUGUAUCCCCAUGGCCGGACUCCAGCUGGUGUCCAACUUGAUGAUCAUCGAACUUGCUGAGCCGGGUCGUGAAGGCCUGUGCUACGGCCUCAUCGGCACGUUUCAGAGCUCAAGUACGCCCUUUGGGGCCGUGGUGAGCAAUCAAAUCUUCGGACUUUUCAACCCGAAGCUAUCCAAGCUUGAGAACUACGUUGCGGACACCAGCACCUUCCGCUCUACAGUUGCCUGGUCUUACGUGCUCACCUAUUCCAGCUCCUUCGUUGCUUUGUUUUUGCUCCCCAUGAUCCCCUUCCAGAAGGAGGAUGCUCAGAGGCGAAAGAAAGAGUCAGGCUCCAGCUCUGCCAGGGCCACAUUAGUCAUUGUGAUCCCGACCAUAUGCCUCAUCUACGGAAUCAUCGUUCUGCUUCUGACCAGCCAAGAAGAGACGGCUUGCCUCCAGUGGAUCGGUGGCCAAGGCUGCGAAAGCUAA